AGAAAGACGCCAUUUUGUUUUUAGCGGUGAGGAGGAGAACCGGAAAAUUGUAGCGAAACUGCUCCAAAAGGCUCUGUUGUGCUCUCACUUCCUUAUUUGCCUUAUAGACCAUUUCAAGAAUGUAAACAAAAAACAAAUGAAUUAGAACUGUCCAAACGUAUUUCCGGAUCCUUUCUACGAAGUCUCGUUCAAGAUCUGCCACCAUGGGGAAUAUGUUUGCAGGCCUCUUUAAGAAUCUCUUUGGGAAGAAAGAGAUGAGAAUCCUGAUGGUGGGGCUGGAUGCUGCUGGAAAGACUACCAUAUUGUACAAACUAAAACUGGGAGAGAUAGUCACCACCAUCCCCACUAUCGGUUUUAACGUUGAGACAGUAGAGUAUAAGAACAUUAGUUUCACGGUGUGGGACGUUGGCGGUCAGGACAAGAUCCGGCCACUCUGGAGGCAUUAUUUCCAGAACACACAAGGACUGAUUUUUGUUGUGGACAGUAACGAUAGGGAGCGAGUGAACGAGGCAAGGGAGGAGUUAACGAGAAUGCUGGCAGAGGAUGAGUUGAGAGAUGCAGUGCUGCUCGUCUUUGCCAACAAACAGGACCUGCCCAACGCAAUGAACGCAGCAGAGAUCACAGAUAAACUGGGCCUUCAUUCCCUGCGUCACCGUAACUGGUAUAUCCAAGCCACCUGCGCCACCAGUGGAGACGGCCUGUAUGAAGGGCUCGAUUGGCUCUCCAACCAGCUUAAAAACGCUAAAUGAUCCAUUCCAUUCUCCCCUCUUGUGUCAGUGCUGUGUGUACGAGUGUGUAAAGGGAGACAGCACUGGUUUCAGUCUCACCCGGUUGCCCAGUUUAUUCAUUUCUUUCUUUUGUCCAUUCUUGUAAACGUCAGAGGCUCUGUCCAGUGCUGUCUAAUAUACACAUGCAAGAGUGUGAGUGAGUGAGUGUGUAUGUAUGUGUGUGUACUGAGGGUGGGAGCAGCGUUGCUGUGCCUUUCAAAAUAGACACUCAGAGUACAGCACGGUUCUCUCUUUCUCUCCCUUCUCCCUCCUGAUCCCCGUGGUUUUCUGCACGCAAAAAAAUUACCCAGGAUGUUAAAUAUUUCUGAAACGUAAUACACUUAAAUAUGACUAUAGGCCUGAUAUUUUCCCAAUGUUUAAAGCAAUCACGCAUGACUAAAGUGUUGCAAGGUGUGAGUUGCCAUUCUUUGACCCCCACAUUUGAUAACUCAUUGUAACCUGCAUCAGGUUGGGAAAAAGAAGGAAAAAAAUAAAAUAAAAAUCAGACAAUAAAGUAACAUUUUCCAUCCA